GUACCGACGGACACACACACACACACACAAAAACCGAACACUGCUGGGCGGAAGAGCGUCAUCUCAGCAGAAAACACACCGAGAGAGAAGCACUGAAGCUCGGGGGCUUCACGGAGAUCAAGCGGGACUCGCGCCGCGAACGCGUCGACGCAUCGAGAGCGCGUUUCUCUCCCUUUCUUCUGCGCCUUGCGAUGGAUUUACACACAGACGCCCGAGACGCGUGCGAUCCGCCCGCAUCACCGGCCGCGCGUCACUGAAGCAUCAUCCGCGGGAUCCGACGCUCCGAUGCGAACAAAAGCCUCGGUUCGCCCGCCUUCACCUCCACCCUGAGCCUCCAUCCGCAAUGAACAUCUAGAGGAGCGUCAGGCGAUGGGAUGAAAAUGAGACGUCACAGGGUUUUCUUGAUUUGCACAGUGGGACUGUGUGUCAUUUCCUUCCUGCAUUACUACAAGGCUCUCCACUACGUGUCCCUGCUGAGGGAGCUGUCUGCACCCUACCCUAACAUCAAGUCCUUCAUCAUGGUGACUGGCUUCUUCUGGAAGGAGGGCUCGACCCCGCUGGUGAGCGCGUCCCCUGAGGAAGGGCCUCGGGUCGGAGCGGUUCUGGAGCUGGACACCGGACAGGAGCCUGAAGCACCACAGCCCUGGAAGAGACCUGAAGAUCUGCAGCGCACCACUGAGGUCCAUAAGGGAGGUUUGGUCGCCAGCAUCCCGACCCACCAGAACUCCGGUGACGCUAGCCUGAGAGUCGCGGGCAACAAGUUUCAUCCGCGUCACUCUUCGACUCCAGACCCGCUGGAGUCCCUGGGCGACCUUCACCGGCGCACACACACGCUCCAGGACGACCACACAUCGUAUUUCAUCCGCACCAAAGCGGGAGCGCUGUGCUUUCGUCAGGGAACGGAGUCGGCGCUGGCGAAAGACGAGGCGCUGAGAACCAAACCUAGCGCAGGUGGAAUGAGCCAGCGGAGAAUAUUGCAAAAACCUGACGAGACAAAGGCUCAAGCGAAAUCAGCGGAAGAAUCCGGUCUCGCUCGAGUGAAGCCGAAGCGCGGGAAGCGUCUGGUGAAGUGUGUGUGUCGACCGGGAUGGCAUGGAUCUUACUGUGGCGUUCCCACAAUGGUGUACCACUCAAAUCUCCCCACGAAAGAGCGGCUAACGCCGCGCGAGACGCCGAGACGCGUCAUAAACGCCAUUAACGUGAACCACGAGUUCGACCUGUUGCACGUGCGCUUCCGCGAGCUCAUCCAAGCCGUGGAUCUAUUCCUCGUGUGCGAGUCCAACUUCACGGCGUACGGAGAAAGGCGUCCGCUCAGAUUCCUGCAUUUGUUGCUCAACGGAACAUACGACUAUGUUCGCCACAAGAUCCUCUUCGUUUUCCUGGAUCAUUUCCCGGACGGUGGUCGACAAGACGGAUGGAUCGCCGACGAUUAUCUGCGCACCUUUCUGACUCGCGACGGCAUCGCUCGCGUAUCGGGUCUACGUCCCGACGACGUUUUUCUCAUUAACGAUGCUGAUGAAAUUCCGGCUCACGAAGGAGUUCUUUUCCUAAAGCUUUUCGAUGGCUGGACGGAGCCGUUUGCAAUCCACAUGAGGAAAUCCCUGUAUGGGUUUUUCUGGAAGCAACUCGGCUCGCUCGAGGUUGUGUCCGGGUGUACCAUCGGCAUGCUGAGGGAUGUCUAUGAUAACGAUGGGAUUCGGCUCCGACGUAGGGAAUACUACACCAUGCCGGGAUUUCGGAAGUACGAAAACGACACCGGACACAUUUUGGUGCAGUGGUCAAUCGGAAGUCCGUUUCAUUUCGCAGGCUGGCACUGCUCCUGGUGUUUCACGCCAGAGGGAAUUCACUUUAAACUCAUUUCGGCCCAAAACGGGGAUUUUCCCCGCUGGGGCGACUACGAGGACAAGCGGGAUCUGAACUACAUCCGGGACCUGAUCCGAACGGGGGGUUGGUUCGACGGCUCUGUGCAGGAAUACCCGCCAUCGGACCCUAAGGAACAUAUGUACGCCCCUAAAUACAUGUUUGAUCAUUACGAUCUCUACCGCUACUUGUUGGAGAAUCCGUAUGCCAGGCCGGGGGGCGCGUAGAUAAGGAUCAAACGUUUGGGAGAGAAGAGACCGCCGUCCUCUUCUCUGAUUGGCUCUUAAGACCCUCCCAAAACCGUCCAAUGGAUGAACGCUUCAUGUGAGCACAUGCCUUGCAGAGAACAACAAACCUUUCUGUUUUGGCCGAUGUUUACCCGAGAGACUCUGUUCCUCCUGUGUUCGUUGUACAUGACUGUGGUGUGUGUGUGUCUGUAAGAGAGAGAGAGCGAAUGUGUGUGUGAUUGAGUGAAUUUCAUUGGUGCACAGACUUUCUCGCUUGCACUUCAGAAUCGAAAAGAAGAAAACUCAUUGCACAAAUGCCACAUUUUUGGGUUUAUCGACAGCUUGUAAAUCCGCCAAACUCAAAAAUCAGAAAAAAGUGUGUGCAUCAUUGUGAGCCUUUCUGGAUGGGCUUGUAGACGAGAGAGAGAGAGCUUUGUUUGAGCUCUGAUGGAGCUGAUAUGUGAGAUUCGCUCAGACAGAGCACAAAUGAUCUUCCUGUUGGUGAAAUCCUUGCGGAAAACAA